CUCUAUGCUUGCUGUCUCCCACGGCUCAGAGGAAGUGCACAUAGGCACCUCCUAUAAACUUCCUCUGCUGCUCUGUCCUCUCUCUUUCUGAGCUGAAAGCGCUCCUGCGAACAUGGUGAAUGUUCCCAAGACCCGCCGGACAUUCUGCAAAAAAUGUGGGAAGCACCAACCCCACAAGGUGACACAGUACAAGAAGGGCAAGGAUUCUUUGUAUGCCCAGGGAAAGCGGCGUUAUGACAGGAAGCAGAGUGGUUAUGGUGGGCAGACUAAGCCUAUUUUCCGCAAAAAGGCUAAGACUACAAAGAAGAUUGUGCUGAGACUGGAGUGUGUGGAUGCCAGCUGCAGGUCUAAGAGGAUGCUGGCUAUUAAGAGAUGCAAGCAUUUUGAAUUAGGAGGCGACAAGAAGAGAAAGGGCCAAGUGAUCCAGUUCUAAGCUGAUUUUGUUAUGGCAACAAUAGAAUCAUGACCUUUCACCCCCUUUGAUUGAUUGUAUUUGUUUUUUUGGAGGGGAAUAAAAAUUUUUUCAGAAAUUA